AUGCAAGCGCCGCCGGCCGCGGAGCGCAACAAGGGCCCGAUCCUGGAGGUGUUGCGGGAGUACGCGGGGUCCGACGCCCACGCGGGACCCGGCGUCCUGAGGGUGCUGGAGGUAGGGGCGGGCUCGGGGCUACACGCCGCGCACUUCGCCCGGGCGCUGCCGCAGACCCGCUGGCAGCCCUCCGACAUCGACCCCCAGGCGCUGCGCAGCAUCGCUGCCUACGUGGAGGCCAUGCAGGUGCCCAACGUGCUGCCCCCCAUCCUGUUGGACGUCUCGCAGGGCUGGGAGACGUGGGGGGGCACCCAACCCGCCACCCUCGACCUCCUCGUCAGCGUCAACAUGAUGCACAUCGCGGAGCUGCGGUGCACCGAGCCCCCUGACCCGGUCCCCACAUUUCUCUUUCCCCAGGGCCUGUUCAAGGGUGCUGGGGUGCUGCUGAAGCCCGGAGGUGUGCUCUUCACCUAUGGGCCCUACGCCGUGGAUGGCCGGAUCAGCCCCCAGAGCAACGUGGACUUUGACCGCAGCCUGAGGCAGAGCAAUCCCGCCUGGGGCCUUCGGGACACGGCACUGCUGCGGCAGCUGGCCGAGGCCAACGGGCUGUGCCUGGAGAGGAUGGUGGACAUGCCAGCCAACAACAAGAGUCUCAUCUUCCGCAAGCAGUAACCUGCCCCGAUGGCACCUCCCGGCACCUCCCGGCACCUCCCGGCACGGCCGCCCCCCCCUCAUUGAUGCCUCCUCGCGGGGGUCCCACUGUCCCCGCGCCGGUGCCGGCUGGCCCAGAGAAGCCACCGCAGCUGCAAUGGGGGGCAUAGGCAUGGGGGGGGGGGGCACAGCACCCCUGGGCGUGGGGGAGACGUCUCGCUCGGUGCCAGUUUCCCCAGAGGACGCUGUGCUGAUGGCAGGGGACCCAUCCCCCUUCCCCCCCCUGUGCCGAGACUGUGCUGCUGCUCCCCCCAAUAAAGU